GCCUCUAUUUCUAGGUCCACAUGAGUAAGUUCCAUUGAGGGGUUUUUGAAUAUAAAUGCACAUAAGAUUUAGGGGUGCACACAUUCAUAAAACUUGAGCUGGUUGAAGUUCUCCAGGUUGCAUCUUGAAGCCUGUUCUUGUUCAGGUCUGCACUGGAACAUGAGCCUUGUUCUCUUUACUUUUCACAUGAAAUCUGUGCAAAUUUUCAGGUGUAUUUUCCCUAAAAGUUGUACAUAUCAGCUCUAUGCAUCUUUGAAAUGUAUGUAUUCUUCCCAUGAUAUUUUUUCACAUUUUUAAAAUAUGCAUUUUUUCUAUGUGAACUUUUCAAAUGUACUAAUUCCACUGAAUAUAGCUUUCCCAUGAAUCACACUGUGAGCAUGGAAAGGUACAGACCUCAGUGGCACAUUGCAUCCUUUUGGUGUUCAGGUCAAAAGGUGCAAAAUUGGUGGAUCCUGAUCAUAAAUUGAAAUAUUUAAUUUUCUAAUGACACUAUAGCUUAUGUUUUGCUUUCAUAGCACAUCCUUGGGUGCAUGUGUGUGUAAGAGAAAGUGUGUGUAUUUUCAGUAGAUGAGUAGAGUGUGAAGAAAACUAACAUGAUUAAAACAGGAUUUGAACACUGAUAGCGUUCCUGUAGGUAUUAGCGGUAACAGCUGUUGUGCUUCCCAUUAGUGGAGAAAGUAAAGAACAUUUUUCCUUAAAGGAUGUUUGCCUGACAGGCUGAAGAAGAAAUUGCUGAGCAUCUGAAGGAACAUGUGCCCCAAGGUAGAGGAUGAGAUGAAAGCCCAGCCAUUUCUUGCUGUGUGGGCAUUUACAACCCUGUGCUUGGUUUCAUACACUGCAGCAUUCUCACAUGGUGCCAGCCUUUCAGCAUGUACUGACAUGAGGCCCAAACAUAUCAGAGCUCACCUUCAGAAUCCACAAAAUAACUAUAUCACCAUCCACACCAAUAUGUCCUUUUUUCCAGGUGGCAGGGUUCCAGUCACGGUCAGGAGCACACGGGAUUUCAUGGGCUUUAUGCUUCAAGCUCGCAGGGUAUCAAAUGACCAAAUUGCUGGCACAUUUGUGUACAUUCCUCCUGGCUCCAAACUGCUGACCUGUUUUGAAGAUGGCGACACUGUCACCCAUUCAGACAAAUCACUGAAGAGAAACCUGUCCUUCGUGUGGAAAGCGUCAGAUCAGCCUAUUGGAGACAUCAGGUUCUUUUUAUCAGUCGUCCAGUCAUACUUUGUUUACUGGGCAAAGAUUGGAUCGUCCACUCUGUCUCAGCAAAUGCAAAACAGAACCACUACUGAAAGUACUGUAGACUCCAGUGCUAUAAAGCCAACGCCUCUUCAGGAGCCCAGUGACCCCAAAGAAGCAUUUAUGGCAAGCGAAGAACAUUUUAUUCCCGACACCUUGCUAAGUCGCUUUGCGAAAUCAACACCUGCUAGCCUGACUUGGAGUGCACCAGCACUGCAUAUAGAGCCCUCUUACAGCGAACUACAAGUGUCUGAGCACCCUGACAAAGGGAAGGUUCUUCCUGAAUCCCUUGCAGAUUUGGUCACUUCACAUGUCAUCGCUCAUGGCAGAGGAAGACAAGCGAACAGCAGUGACAUGGACAGUGGAUUCAGACUGGAGUCUUCGCUCCAUUUCCAGGACCUAAGCGUCACAACACAAGAUGAUUCCUCCAGCUACAGCACGCACAAUAGGACAGAAAGUGCUUCAAGUAUUCCUGUAUCACUGUUGGCUUCCACCUGUAAGAAAGGCAUGGAGGAGGUUUCAGCAACAUUUAACCCAGGCAUAAGCAAAUCUGCACCACCCAUUGCAUCUUCAGUGUUGGUCCAGUUAUGGAACUCUUCCUUGCUUUCAGCAGAGAAUUCAGAUCACGAAGAGGACACAAAUGUCUACCAGAGCUUAACAGCUUCACAACAAAUUAUGGAGAAACAGCCAGUGACUCAGAAAGCCCCAGCAAAGUUCUUACCCGAGGCAGAACUCACAGCACCUGGGCAAGAGGAAAAGGGGGGAAAGGAUGUGCCUGGCAACACGCUGCUGAAGGUGACAAGAGCUCUACCGAAAGUGGCUGUUUCGAGGGAAGGAGGGGGAAAGCUGCACAAAGGGUCACAGCUCAUGGCAGCUCAGUUCGGCGUUCUCCUUGGCUGCUCUGUUGUGCUGGGCAUGGUUGUGGCCAUUGGUCUGCGUUGCAUCCAUUCCCAGUAUUGUCACAGGCGAACUGAAGUGUCCUUCAGCGAGCCAGACAACAAUGUCAUUGCACUCCAAGACAGUGGGGAGAUGAUGCAUUUCAGAAAGAUCCGAGAAAAUAGCUUUGUCUUGGUGCAGGCCGAGUAUAACUGGAUCAGCCCACCAGGCAGUGGGAAAAAAGCUGCUCUUUAGAUUACCUGCCAGUUCUUGUUCUUGUUUUUUUUUUAAGGUCAUGUAGCUUCAUCUUUGUCUGCAUGAUUAUGGUAAAAUUUAAUAACAAUGCAGGAAAGAGAACAAUUGCAUAUAAUCAUCUACGCAAAUAAGCUCCAUAUCAACAUGUUUUGGUUGCACUACAGGCAUAUUUUAACUUCUUUACAGAUAUUAUUAAAUGUAGGUGUUCUUUCUUUCAGAUAUUAUGAAAAUGCAAAUAGACAUUUUGUUCAGAAUGUUUCACUUAAUCCACUUGAUAUUCUAGACCUGCUUAUAGAUUGGGUUGUUGCAGCCAUUAUGUUUCCUUUGUUGCCUUAAGGUACCACCAGAAAAAGAGAAUGUCCUUAGGCAGCUGAGUGUUUACUCCUAGUCUCUGCAAAGAACAAAACCAACCAAACAACAGCACAACAAUAAAAGUUGUUGGUCCCACAGUUCUUUCUUUCAGGCCAGCAGCAGCUCUCACCUCUCUUGUCACUCAAGUUGUGAUGCCUCUGGUUUGGUGUGUCCUUUGUCUCAAAUUGGUCAAAUUUGCCACUUGAACUAGCUUUUUGUUUAGCAGAACAAAACAGAGCAAUGCUGCCAGUUAAGAAAAUUGAUCCACAGGAUGCAAAGGCUGGCUGGCUGUAUGGCAAAUUGAUCUCUGAGAAGGAAACAAAGACACAGCUAAUGCCACCUUUUUGGAGAGGAACAUGGCUCUUCAUCAGGUGUAAAUGGAGGGAAACUUCUCCUGGCCAUUUGCACCUUGAUAAGCUGGCAUGUUUAAGCCUCACAGCUGGCAUUUGCUUUGUUUUCUACUUCAGGUCAGUUCUAUGCAGCUAUUGGUACAUGGUGUUACUGAAGACUAGAGAGAUCUUAGGUCAUCUCAGGAAACCCAGAUAAUGCCCCAGUCCCAACUUUUGCAGGCUUUUAGCACUCUGAAGUUCCAGAAGAAACUUUAUUCUGAGUCAGGUCGUGCCAUGUCAAGGGAUGUUGUUUCAGUGGCAUUGGCUCAGCCUGAUACAAAAGAUUCAGAUUCCAUUGUGGCAGAUUGUUUAUUUUUAAGCUUGGAAUAAGCAUAAUGUAUACUAAUAGUGAACCCAGUUCCCAUGUUGCUGGGCAUUAGGAAUCCAAAACAGCAAGCAUGAGAGAGAGAGAGAGAUCCUUGACCUGGGGGAAAAAUGUUUUUUGCAGAAGUGCAAAACUUGUUGGGGGGGGGGGUAGCACCCUAAAUCCCAAAAAGCUUGAGGAGCACUGAUAUGAUACUGAUAGCAAUGCAAUACUGGCUGAUGACUGGAAAGGGUACAGAGAAAUCCAUGGAAGGAAUUAGUGGAGCCUCCUGGAAGAGGGCCUGGCUGCCCAGAACACUGAGCAGCAGCAUUUCCUACUGUUGCGGGGGUCCCACUUGUAAAUCUUACACUUUUUUAUUUUGCCUGAGCCAAGGCAGGUUUCCAUUAUGGUUAAGAGGCCCUGGCAGCACACAUAAGGUGGGGGCCAGCCAUCUGCGAUCAAAACAGUGGGAAGGCCUCACCGAACAUGAAGAUACAUAUUUGCACGUGCUGAUUGGUACAUACAGAAGCGCACUUAGAAAUAAAUUGCUGUAAACAGAAAUAUGCAGUGCAUCCCACCUUGGAGGAGAAGUCGCUGUGUGCCUGUCCAGUCAGUAAUGCAGCCUCAUUGCCUUGUGGCCCUCCUGUCUUAGGAUGUUUCAGACCAGUCCUUCAGGUGGAAGAUGCCUUCAAACAGAGGUGCAUCCUCUGCUAGGGAGGACGGGUGGGCACUCUACAUUGAGAAUGAACCAUGGGUGCCUCCUCUUACUCCUCUAGGUUUUAUGUAUUAAAAUAUUAAAUUCUAGAUUUUGGUUUCCAUAUGAGCUGCUGAAGGCAACUUAUGAAACAGAUAAAAAUAAAAACCUUUCACAUCAAGUAAAAUUAGGAUUUUGAGCACAGACCAACAGCUAAUAAUACCAAAACACCCAUAGGGGAAACCCAAGCGAGGGGGGGGGGUACAUGAUACAAUCAUCAAACAAGAAAUCCAUGCUACAAACACCUCACAGACUUUCCUUAAGGAAGGCCUUACAGUUUGUGUGAUGGCGUCUCUCCCAAGUUAUUUUCAGCAGCACAAGUACAGGUUGCGGCUGCUGUGAGAGAUUCAGCUUAAAGAGGGAAAUAAAAGCUGUGCCAAUGAAACUGAUAAAGUAUUGAUUUAUUGAUUCAGUACAAUAAAGUACAAAUUUGUUCUCAUUAGAAGAAAAAGAUUACAAAACAUUUCACUGGAAUAAUUCCUGAGCUCAAUGAAGUACUCUUAGUAUUAUUUAGUAGAAGUAAAAAAAGUUGACAACAAUAGAAAUUAAUGUUGUUUUUAUAUUCAUUAUGUUAUUCUGACAGUUUGCAUUUGGCUAUUGAGUCAUAAGAAAAAUGACGGAUCUAGUUUUAUUUGUAUUAUGGGUAGUUCUUUUUAAUGGAAAUUUUCUUCUCUAGCUUUAUUGAACAGAAUAAAAACUUUGUGUAACCCACAAUAGUUGGACUGCUUAAUUUAAAAGCUGCCUAUAUUCAAUACAUUGUUAAUGCAAUCCCUAAUUAACUGAGAAAAUAGGUCAACAAGCUGGUAAAUAU